CGAAAGCACGCAGACGCAUCUGGACCGGCGUCGAUGACGUAGGGACGUGAGAAAGGCGGCAGACGGAAUCCGGCGGUAGGCUCCAGUCAGUUUCGAUUCCGCUCCGCGUUUAUCCUUCCGUCGUACGGAACGAACGAGUAAGAGAACUCGGGUUUUUGGACACGCGGGAUAGGGAGUACCUGGAUGCUGGAGGAGGUUCUAUCGAUCGUCCGAAAUCGACGAGUGAUAAGCGGGCCCGUUCUUCCCGUCUCUCUGCUCUCGUCGCAAUUUACGGCGUCCCGAGUGUCGUUCUCGAAUAUCCCGCAGAUUGUAACGUCAGGAGAUAGGAGUGUGUUGGGAGCGAUCGUCCAGAGAGUGAUGACAUAUCGGAGCAUCGCGGAGAUCGCGAACCAUCUGUGAACCGGCUUAGAAACCGCGUUUCGAGACAGCGAUGAUCUUCGAGGAUUACGGAUCUAAUCUGUGCAUCUGUGCAUCUUGUGAUUUUUGUAUUUAUAACUGUGUGGCGUUUUUUGCAAAACGCGCGACUGUGUAAUCGUGCGGCAGAGUUAUAUAUGCAAAAGUGUUCAGUGGGAAUAAUCGAGAGCACGACUGACGUCGAGUAGAAUAAGCUACCUCGCUACUGACAGAUUGAUGACUAAUUGGAGGGUCAAGGAUAACAAACAUGAAAUACUUGAAAAUCGCGUUAUUUAUAUUCAAUCUAUCAAUAUGGCUAACUGGCUGCACGGUGCUCGGUAUAGGUGCCUGGUUGCUUUUGGAGCCCAGCAAGGGGCACAUUCUCAAUCUUUUCGUAUCUACGGUCGAGCCGUACGAAACUAUUAAUUACAUGGCUUACAGCCUUCUCUGCCUCGGUGGCAUGGUGCUUAUGGCUGGCUUCGUCGGCUGUCGCGCUGCUCUACGCGGAAAUCAAUGCGUCCUCGCCAUCUACAUGAGCAUGCUGGUCGUGCUUAUCGUCAUGGAAUUGGUGUCGGCGGCCAUUGGUGGGUUGACGACUUUCCAGAUCUUGUCGAAUCUGGAGAAGAGAUUCACCAACAAACUGGCGACGGAGUAUGGUCACGAUAAGACCAGCGAUGUCUCCUUCAGCCAUAGCUUGGACUUUGCGCAGUACAAGUUUAAUUGCUGCGGAAUUCAUGGCGACAAUGAUUAUAAUGGCACAGCUUGGUGGAGGGACGGUCAAAUCUCAGGGACCAGGAGGCAGGUUCCCCUCACAUGUUGUGUUCUCAAAAAUUCUGAGAAUAAGAAUACAGGCAGUCCGAUGAGCGUCGUUUCGAGGGUGUUUCACAAAACUAAUGAGAAACCGUGGCUUCAUCCACUGCCGAAGGAUGAGGCCGCGUGUCAGGAAAUAAAUGAAGAGGGUCACGAUGGAUACAGACACAAAGAGGGCUGCCUUGAAAAAGUCACAAAUUGGCUGCAGUGCGAAAGUUUAACAUUGGUGUUUCUCGAUAUGGCAAUGGCAGGAAUACAGACAUUCGGAAUAAUAACGUCCGCCUUCCUCUGUCGAAUGAUAAGGGAUAUGCAGGAUGAAUGAUCCAUAGUGCGUAGUCUCAAUGAGGUGAAAAGAAUGUCGUGGCACGCUCAUUCUUCUCAUUGAGAAAGAGGAAACAUUUUCAUUUUCAUAUCUUCGUGUACUAUCAUCCGUGAAUAUUUUCGAUAUCUGUUUCGAGUUAUGUGAAUCAACGGCAAUGAUGUGAAAAAACUUGCAGAACUGCGACUAGGAAAGAAAUCUUGCUCUGUUUUACGUGAAGUGUCCGAUCAAACGAGAUAAUGAUAAGUGCGUAAGUUUUAUUUUUGGAUCAUUCCCUUGCGCGUGUUUUGCUGGAAGUCAGCAAUAAUAUGUGACCAAUACACUCUGAUGUACAUAUACAAUACAUAUACAAUACGCAUCUU